AUGAAAUCAUCAUCAAAGGGGAUUUUGAAGAAGUAGUCCCAACACGAUAUAGAUAUGAAGAAAGAAUUGCAUUGGGAUGAGCAUACAAUACAAUAGCAAGACUUGGAGAGAGGAAACAAGACGAAAAUUGAUGAACCUAAAACACCUUAUGAAGAUGAAAUCAUACAAUAAAAUCAGCAGGAAGAUAAAAUUGAAGUAGAAGAUGAAAUCGAGCAAGAUUUGGUAGAGGCUUAAUUGAAUAAACAAAAAUUGCAACAACAACAUCAAAAGAAAUUGGAUAUCGAAGAAUUGAAUAAGAGAUUGAAAGAGGAUUUGGAGAGAGAAAGAAAAAACAUGGAUGAUGAUGAUUCGGCAGAAGAAGAGGAAAAAAGAAAAAAGCAUGAUGAGUUUGUCAAGAAAAGAAAAUAACACUAUAAUGAGAAGAAUUUAAUUAGAGAUGCCAUGCAUAAAAAAUAGUUUGAGGACUAAUGA